AGAUGUGACGUAGGGGGAUUUCCACCCACCAGUCCGGACCUCUCGUAGCUCACAGAGAGAAAAAGUGAAAGAAAAUACGGAGCGAAGGUGUUUGUCAUGUCACAGUCGUGUGGACGAGACACAGAUAAAGCGGUCUCUCAUUUUCUCUCGAGAUUUCUUUCCCAAAAAGGCUUCCGUUUACUUCAAGCUUCCAAAAAACAGGCGAAGCACCCGGAAAUGAGUCCUUAACGCGGGACUGAUGAUCUGAUCGCUGUUUCGGAGGAUUACGAUUCAACAAAAUAACGACCUACGGGAGAGUGUAGGAACAAACGAGACUAAUUUUUCUUCUACUUUGAGCCUGCAAUGAGAAACAUGAGUGUUCGGAACGGCACAGCGGGAGGUCAGCCAGACCUAGAUCUAGAUAUUAUAGACGAGUACCUUACGGAGAAAACAAUCAAAGAACGGGCACUCCCUGGUCCUCCUCCUCCACCUGUGGACCAAGACAUCCAGGCAGUUGAUCCGCCACCGAGAAGCAGGCGAAGCGCACCAGUGUUGGUCUCCAGAGGAGCAGCGCCACAUAAUCCAUACAGAUUUGACCAGACCCCAACGGCACACACUGAUGGUAUGGCACCGAUGCAUUCCAUGCGAAGCCACAAAGUGGCAUCUCAGCGACGUGGACAGUCAUCUGUAGUGCCCCAGGUUAUUCCGACUGGAACAGAACAUCUGGAGCGCUUUCUGGAGGAUCCAGAGAUGGUGGUGGUGGAGCAGCCGAAGGAGCGUGGCAUGCGAUUUCGCUACGAGUGCGAGGGACGGUCUGCGGGCAGCAUCCUUGGAGCUUCCAGCACUGAUGCCAGCAAGACCCUGCCUGCCAUUGAAAUCCAAGGCCCCAUUGAUAAUAUCAAGAAAGUGAUGGUCACAGUGUCUCUUGUGACAAAGGACAUCCCGUACCGCCCACACCCACACUGCUUGGUUGGGAAAGACUGUGCUGAUGGAAUCUGUGUCAUUCACAUCAAUCCCCACAACGCUCGCCGACACAGCUUUGCAAAUCUGGGCAUCCAGUGUGUGCGGAGGAAGGAACUUGAUGCCUCACUGCAGAAGAGGAGGAAUAAGAAUAUUGAUCCGUUUAACACGGGCCACUCUAAGAGCAUUGAGGACAUGGACAUGAACGUGGUGAGACUCUGUUUCCAAUGUGAGCUCGAACGAAAGGAUGGAGAGAGAACUCACCUCGCCCCUGUGGUUUCCAAUCCCAUCUAUGACAAGAAGGCGACCACAACGGCAGAGCUGAAAAUCAAUCGGCUUAAUGUUGUCAGAGGCCCCUGCACGGGAAAGACUGAAAUUUACAUGCUUUGUGACAAAGUGCAGAAAGAUGACAUUGAGAUAAUCUUCAGCAAGGAUGAGUGGGAAGCCAAGGCGGAGUUUGCGCAGACUGAUGUCCAUCGACAAAUCGCCAUCGUCUUCAAGUCCCCACCCUUCAGGGAGCAGAAUAUAACCGAGGAGGUGGACGUUAGCGUGUGUCUACGCCGCAUGUCUGAUCGGAUGGACAGCGAGCCAGUCAAGUUCACCUACAUUCCAGACAAUGCAGAUCCUUACGGAGUGAACCGAAAGAGGAAAAUGAAAUCGGAUGUGAAGUUCAGUGAGCCAUGCAGCGCUUCUCAAAAUCAAGACAUUGUGCCCGAAGUCAGCAUGCCACAGCAUUUUGACAACCCGUUCUACGCCUCUCCCGAGUGUAACGUUCCCAAUGCUUCCAUGGCAGUCCCUGUUAUAGAUGGAGGAAUCCACAUGCCAUCCCAGGUCAUGGAUGAAAUUCAUUAUAAUGAAGACUUUAAACAAGAGGACGGCUGUAUUAGCUUGGACCCAGAGACUUUAGACACCGUUCUCCAAGGCAUUUCCCAGUGCUUGGGUCAGCCAGGUUCAGACCAGUUCCUUAACCAGUUAUUUUUUCCUGGAGAUCUCAACUUCGGUUUAGACGGCACAGAUACAAAAUCGAACAUCAGUCAACCAAUGAUGAACAUGUCGUCUAUUAACGACGCACACUUCAGUCAGAUGGUGAACGAGAAUCAGGCCUAUCCGCCUGACCUGGAGAACAUCGACGGCCUCAUUUACUCUACCGUGAAGAGCGAGAACGACCUGGACCACUGAAUCCCACUGUGGACUCUUUUGUUUUGACUAUUGGACAUACAGUCGCUUCUGACUAUAAAAUCAUUUUUGACUAGGAAUGGACACAGACUAAGUCAAACUUGUUGUUGACUGCCAAACCUGUCCAGCGGGCACUAUUUGACUUCCUGUUUGGUAGUAUGAACAUACUUAUGAAGUAAAUCACCUGCCCAGCCGCUGUUCUUGUGAAUAAGGCUAAUGAUAGCCAACGAAAGGCGAGAGAAGCAUGUAGCCAUUGCGUUUCUAGUAAAAAGGGAGCUGCUCAACUGCUUGUAAUGUGCCAGUUGUGAAACGUGUCUGUCAUUUGCUAAUUUAUUGUGUGGGUUUCAUAGCAGAACCUAUUAGUAACAUAUAGAUGGUCCCAGACCCAAAUUCGUAUUUAAAUGUUAUAUGUAAUGUGAUAUUUGUUUUAAACAUUUCACAACAGUUCAUCCACAAAGGAAUUUCAGUUAACAGCAUUAAGGGGACAAAAUUAGACAUUAAAACAAUUCUGAAGUAGAAGUUGGAUUAAUUCAUGAAAUUUAUACUCUGUCACUAUGAUCAAGCCAGGUGUGACACGACAACAUGAUAAAAGCCAUUACACUGAAGCCUCUGCCCAUUGGUGGCCGUUUGUAACUCCUGAUUAAAAAUAUUGUGUUACUGUUAGCACUAUGUUAGGUUGUUAAGGGCUCUUCACACAGAACACAUUUUUCCACUUCACUGCUAUGCUUUUCCAUUGUUUUUCUAUGUAAGCAUGCACAAGACAGAUGUAUCACCAUUGCAUUUGUCUAUUACAGCAUGACACCGUGUUUUAAAAUUGCGGCACUUAAGUUUUAAAAGUUUGACUUUUUAAAAAUGUUUCUAGCAUUUUUAAUUACAUUGCCUGUUCUGUGUGGGUUGCUUUGUGGGUUGCCCCGCCCACAAAGAAAUCUCAUUGAUCUAAAAUGUCAAAUUUCUGAUUGGCUACUUUGCACUAGAUUUUAUUUUUCACCGAGAAUUACUCAGCCCUGGAAACUUGUUUUUGUCUGGUUAUGUCAUGAUGUGAAGUUACAUAGGAAACUGAAAUGAAUGUAGUCUGAGUCAGUGGCAAAAAGAUUUUCAAUGUUGAAGGAAGCUGGAUUUACCGUCAUAGCCAUUGUAAAGCAUUUUUCAUAUAACGCCUGUAAUACUGCUGUGAUUUUUAUUGUGCUGUGUAAAAAUCCUUUGGCUUCAAAUAUUGUCACAUUCUGCUUUUUGUGUGUGUUGUUGCUGUCAAUAUUAAAAUCAUGUGUUCUGGAAAAUGACUUCA